AUGGAUCAGAUCAAAAAUUUCUUCCGGAAAAAGAAAACUGAGUUAAAGUUCAAAACUGCCGGACCGGGCUAUCGACUUGGCGAUAGUUCGCAAUCUGGACCAACUUCUUCCUCAUCGACCGCUUACCUGUCUCAGGAGCCGACGAGAUCACCGGCUGACUUAACUGAAGCCCAAAGGAGGGCUGCGGAAGCGGCAAUGAGUCGACUGGCUGCGACAGGGUCUCAUCGACCCGGGUCCAGCAUGUCUAGAUCACAACGUGCGGUCAAGGACGAAGCUAAACGACAGGUCGAUUUGGAGCGGAUUGUGAAGCAGAGCGAAAUCGACCCAACGAAGCAGAAGUCGGAGACGCGGAUCAUUGCGGAAACUCCGCUGCUGGGAGUUUCAGGGAUUCUGUUUACUUGCGAGCUUCUCGACCCAAGUCUGGCUCUACCUAAGCAGGAAAUGAUCCAUGUGGUCGAAGAAUACUUGCAGAACUGUUUCCACGAAGACCCACUUGUUACAUCGACGGUCAUGAUCUAUUCGCUGAAUACAAAGGAGCGCCGCGAUGCUGGCGUCAGCGUGCUCCUCAAGUACCUGGAAAACAUUAUCGAUCACCCUGAAGAUGAAACUUACUGUCGAAUCCGUAUGUCGAACAAAGUAUUUCAGAAUAAAAUCGCUGAUCUCAAAGGUGGCGUUGAGUUCCUUAAGGCUGUUGGAUUCGCGGAAAAGAACGAGAACGAAGAGACGUUUCUUGUCUUCGAUUGGGAUAAUGCGAAGCAGAUCGACUUAGCUUCUGCAAAACAGUGCUUACUGGAGGGUAAACCAGUGCCUCUAAAACUGUAUCGAAAUCCAAAGAUUUUACGGGCUUCAUGCCGACCGCUUGCCGAAAUUCAGCUGCCCGCGGAGUUCUUUGGAAAAACGCCAGAGGAGUUACGGAAGGAACAGUCCGAGCGGGCUGAAAUGUCAGAAAAUCUGCUUACGCUUAGAACGAAGGAAAUGCGGGAACGUGACGAAAUAAAAAAACUUGCUUCUUACAAAUACGCCCUGAUCCGAGUGCGUUUCCCUGACGAGUACAGUCUACAGGGCACCUUCAGCGCCAGCGAAAAGUUGUCUGAAGUUUAUGAGUUUGUGCGGAAGUACGUGACUCUAGACUGGGCACCGUUUACGCUAAAAGACUCUUCGGUUCGUGCUCCGCUCGAAGGAAAACAGGAGUCAACCCUCCUGGAACUUCGUCUGUGCCCUGCUGCCUUACUUUACUUUCAGUGGGAUGUGGACGUUAUUCAGAAUCUUAACUCUGUGGACCAGAAGAUUCCUAAUCACGCUUUGAAAGACGAGUUUUUAAAUGAUGCGGUGUACGAAUAA